AUGACGGUGGUGCCCGGGGACCACCUGCUGGAGCCGGAGGCGGCCGACGGUGGCGGGGACCCGCCUCAGGGUGGCUGCGGUGGCGGCGGCGGCUGCGACCGCUACGAGCCGCUGCCGCCCGCGCUGCCGGCCGCCGGCGAGCAGGACUGCUGCGGGGAGCGAGUGGUCAUCAACAUCUCGGGGCUCCGCUUCGAGACGCAGCUCAAGACCCUCUGCCAGUUCCCGGAGACGCUGCUGGGCGACCCCAAGCGGCGCAUGAGGUACUUCGACCCGCUCCGGAACGAGUACUUCUUCGACCGCAACCGGCCCAGCUUCGACGCCAUCCUCUACUACUAUCAGUCCGGGGGUCGAAUCCGCCGGCCUGUCAAUGUGCCCAUCGACAUCUUUUCCGAGGAGAUCCGCUUCUACCAGCUGGGCGAGGAGGCCAUGGAGAAGUUCCGCGAGGACGAGGGCUUCCUGCGGGAGGAAGAGCGGCCCCUGCCCCGCCGCGAUUUCCAGCGCCAGGUGUGGCUGCUCUUCGAGUACCCGGAGAGCUCGGGGCCGGCCCGGGGCAUCGCCAUCGUGUCCGUGCUCGUCAUCCUCAUCUCCAUCGUCAUCUUCUGCCUGGAGACGCUGCCCGAGUUCCGCGACGAGAAGUAUUACACUGCGUCGCCGUCGCAGGAGCUGUUCGAGGCGGCCAGUAACAGCACGUCGGGGGGCUCCGCGGGAGCCGCCAGCUUCUCGGAUCCCUUCUUCGUGGUGGAGACCUUGUGCAUCAUCUGGUUCUCCUUUGAGCUGCUGGUGCGGUUCUUCGCUUGCCCCAGCAAAGCUACCUUCUCGCGAAAUAUCAUGAACCUGAUAGACAUCGUGGCCAUCAUCCCUUAUUUCAUCACUCUAGGCACCGAGCUAGCUGAGCGACAGGGCAAUGGACAGCAAGCCAUGUCCCUGGCCAUCCUGAGAGUCAUCCGCCUGGUGAGGGUCUUCCGCAUCUUCAAGCUCUCCCGCCACUCCAAGGGGCUGCAGAUCCUGGGGCAGACGCUAAAAGCUUCCAUGCGGGAGCUGGGGCUGCUUAUCUUCUUCCUCUUUAUUGGAGUCAUCCUCUUCUCCAGCGCUGUCUACUUUGCCGAGGCGGACGACCCCACUUCAGGUUUUAGCAGCAUCCCGGAUGCCUUCUGGUGGGCUGUGGUAACCAUGACAACAGUAGGUUAUGGUGACAUGCACCCGGUGACCAUAGGGGGCAAGAUUGUGGGGUCACUGUGUGCCAUCGCAGGUGUCUUGACCAUUGCUUUGCCAGUCCCUGUAAUUGUUUCCAACUUCAAUUACUUCUACCACCGGGAGACAGAAGGGGAAGAGCAAGCCCAGUACUUGCACUACUUGCAAGUGACAAGCUGUCCAAAGAUCCCAUCCUCCCCAGACCUAAAGAAAAGUAGAAGUGCCUCUACCAUUAGUAAGUCUGAUUACAUGGAGAUCCAGGAGGGGGUAAACAACAGUAAUGAGGACUUUAGAGAGGAAAACUUGAAAACAGCCAACUGCACUCUGGCUAAUACAAACUAUGUGAAUAUUACCAAAAUGUUAACUGACGUGUGA